CCUGAAGAGGAGACCUUGGCGCGCGGCCUGCCACCACCAGCAAGCGUCUCGAAAUCUCGAGACAGCUACGACUCUCGCGAUCUUCCCACAGCCGACCCGCACUCCACGCAGAGUUGGCCCGCACGCAAGUGUGUGACUGGAGUUCCAGGAGGGCGGAGACAGCGGGUGGGAGAAGCCCCUUCGGCCUACUCUACGGAAGCCCGCGAGGGAGGAUAGUGACCGCUGCCCCGUCCGCUAGACCAGAUGCCCAGCGCCAACGCCAGCCGCAAGAGUCAAGAGAAGCCGCGGGAGAUCAUGGACGCGGCUGAAGACUAUGCUAAAGAAAGAUAUGGAAUAUCUUCAAUGAUACAGUCACAAGAAAAACCAGAUAGGGUUUUGGUUCGAGUUAGAGACCUGACAGUACAAAAAGCUGAUGAAGUUGUUUGGAUGCGUGCAAGGGUCCAUACAAGCAGAGCUAAAGGAAAGCAGUGUUUCCUAGUUCUACGUCAGCAGCAAUUUAAUGUCCAGGCUCUUGUGGCGGUAGGAGACCAUGCAAGCAAGCAGAUGGUUAAAUUUGCUGCCAACAUCAACAAAGAGAGCAUUGUAGAUGUAGAAGGUGUUGUGAGAAAAGUGAAUCAGAAAAUUGGAAGCUGUACACAGCAAGAUGUGGAAUUACAUGUUCAAAAGAUUUAUGUGAUCAGUUUGGCUGAACCUCGUCUGCCGUUGCAGCUGGAUGAUGCUGUUCGACCUGAGGUGGAAGGAGAUGAGGAAGGAAGAGCUACUGUUAACCAGGAUACAAGAUUAGACAACAGAGUCAUUGAUCUUAGGACAUCAACUAGUCAAGCAGUCUUCCGGCUCCAGUCUGGCAUCUGCCACCUUUUCCGAGAAACUUUAAUUAACAAGGGUUUUGUGGAAAUCCAAACUCCUAAAAUCAUCUCAGCUGCCAGUGAAGGAGGAGCCAAUGUAUUUACUGUGUCAUAUUUUAAAAAUAAUGCCUACCUGGCUCAGUCCCCACAGCUAUAUAAGCAGAUGUGUAUUUGUGCUGAUUUUGAGAAAGUUUUCUGUAUUGGACCAGUAUUCAGAGCUGAAGACUCUAAUACUCACAGGCAUCUUACUGAAUUUGUUGGUUUGGACAUUGAAAUGGCUUUUAAUUACCAUUAUCAUGAAGUUGUGGAUGAAAUUGCUGACACCUUAGUACAAAUAUUUAAAGGACUUCAAGAAAGGUUUCAAACUGAAAUUCAAACGGUGAAUAAACAGUUCCCAUGUGAGCCAUUCAAAUUUUUGGAGCCAACUUUACGACUAGAGUAUUGUGAAGCACUGGCUAUGCUUAGGGAAGCUGGUAUUGAAAUGGGAGAUGAAGAGGAUCUCAGUACACCAAAUGAAAAACUUUUGGGUCGUUUAGUUAAAGAAAAGUAUGAUACAGACUUUUAUAUACUUGAUAAAUAUCCAUUGGCUGUAAGACCUUUCUAUACAAUGCCUGACUCAAGAAAUCCUAAAGAGUCCAAUUCUUAUGAUAUGUUCAUGAGAGGAGAAGAAAUACUGUCAGGAGCUCAAAGAAUACAUGAUCCUCAGCUGCUAACAGAGAGAGCCUUACAUCAUGGAAUUGAUUUGGAGAAAAUUAAAGCAUACAUUGAUUCCUUCCGUUUUGGAGCUCCUCCUCAUGCUGGUGGAGGCAUUGGGUUGGAACGAGUAACUAUGUUGUUUCUGGGACUGCACAACGUUCGUCAAACUUCAAUGUUCCCUCGUGAUCCCAAACGACUUACUCCUUAAACAAAAUCAGGUUUUUCUAUUCUUUCCAGUAACAUGCUACCUUAGUUACUUAAAAUAAACAAUAAGAUAUAGGUCUUAUGCUAAGUGUCAGUUACCUCGGGAUUAAUUCAUUAUAAAAAAGAUGAUUUUUAUAUGGGAUUGUUUUUUAAUGAAAACUUCAUAUUGUUACAGUAAAAAUCCAUGUUGUGUUACUAUAGUAAAUGUUAACAAUAUUUUCAAACAGUUAAGAUCAUGAUUUUUUUUUCCUUUCUAUGUUACAAUGGCUACAAUACUAAUGUUUUGAAAUUUCAGUUCUUGAACUUAUUUUUUAAAACUUGGACAUUGAGAUAAGGACAAUUUUAGGGAAAUAUUAGAGAUUAGUAGUGCAUAUACAAUUGACACAUCACUGAAAAUUAAGCCGAAAUUAGCAAUUAUUUGGUGGUGCCCAGAAAUCAUGUAACACAGGUGGAAAUACUGGUUAGAAAAUAGUCAUUAUAAUAUUAUAUUAAGUUGUUCAAGUCUAUACCUGAGUUUCAAUAAAAUUUUAAAACUGA